AGCUCUGGUCCUGGCUCUUGCUUCUUUUGAUAGCGAACUUUCCUUAGCCUGCUGGUCUUUCAGGACUUGGUUUCUUCAAGGCCUGGUCACCCUGCACCAACUUUCCCGGACUUGGAUAUUCCAGGACAAAGGACCUACAGAGCAGGGCGGGCGUCAGGCUUGCACAAAGCCAAAGCCACAGAAGGAAGAGAGUUGCCACUGAUGAGAGGAGUUGGUACAGUUUGUGGUUUUGUGAGACAAGGUCCCAUGUAACCCGAGUUUGGCCUUGAGCUUGGGAUCCUCCUGCCUCCAGCGUCCAGGUUCUGGGAUCGCAGAUGUGUGACUUCCGUGCCCAACUCAGUUGGUGUAAUUGGUGAUAAGAUCAGAAACUGGUAGGACACAUGUCUGUAGAAGUCUACAGAAAGUUUCUUCAGGUGUCCUCAUGACGACUCUUGUGGACCAUGCCCAUGAUCCUUUUUGCCAGUGUCGUACGGGUGCGGGAUGGACUGCCCCUCUCAGCCUCCACUGACUUUUACCACGCCCAGGAGUUUCUGGAAUGCCGGAGGCAGCUCAAGGCCUUAGCCCGGAGGCUGCCUCAGUAUCCAGGCCGUGGUUCUGCAGAAAGCCGUGACUUCAAUAUCUAUUUUUCUUCAUCGGGGGGCGUGGCCUGCAUGGCCAUCUGCUCACGUCAGUGCCCGGCAGCCAUGGUCUUCUGCUUCCUGGAGACUCUGUGGUGGGACUUCACAGCUUCCUACGACACCACGUGCAUCGGCCUGGCCUCCCGGCCCUACGCUUUUCUCGAGUUCGACAGCGUCAUUCAGAAAACAAAGUGGCGUUUUAACCACAUGAGCUCCUCCCAGAUGAAGAGUGGCUUAGAAAAGAUCCAGGAGGAGCUGGAGCUCCAGCCUCCAGCAAUGCUGUCCAUAGAGGGCACAGAUGUGGCAAAUGGCAUGCUGAAUGGCCACACCCCAGUGCACUCCGAGCCCGCUCCGAAUCUCAGGAUGGAGCCGGUGACAGCACUGGGUGUCCUCUCCCUUGUCCUCAACAUCCUGUGCGCUGCCCUGAACCUUGUCCGUGGAGUCCACCUGGCAGAACACUCUUUACAGGUUGCCCAGGAAGAAGUUGGGAACAUCCUGGCCUUCUUUAUUCCUUCUGUGGCCUGCAUUGUCCAGUGUUAUCUGUACCUGUUCUAUAGUCCAGCCAGGACUCUGAAGGUGGUGCUGACUCUGGCCUUCAUCUCCCUGGGCAACAUGUACCUGCACGGGCUGAGGAACACCUGGCAAGUCCUCUUUCACAUAGGAGUGGCUUCUCUGUCCUCGUAUCAGAUCCUGACCAGACAGCUGCAGGAGAGGCAGUCCGACUAUGGAGUGUGAGGACAGCAUCACGCAGCGAACGGAGCCUUUGAAUUCCCCUCCCCCUCAGAAGGCCAGUCUGUCUCCACUCCUGCUUCUCAACUUCACCUCAAAUCUCCAUCCUUGAAGCUCCUGAGGUCACAGAUCCUGGCAGGUGCAACGGAGGACCCAGGGCUGCGGGUUGCAGUCGAGGUCUGUGUGAAGUGUUUGUGCAGAACUGCCGACCAGGCACAGGGCAGGGCAGUGAAAGCUGGAGCUUGCUCAGAGAGCAUCUCUGAUGGUCAGAGUGGCAACGCUUUGGCCUCCUAAAUCGAAUGAUACUGCAAACCACUAGGUCCCGUCAUGGUAGUUUUGGUCCUUGGCAGGAGUCUUCAAGGAAACUCUUUACAGUUUAAAUUAUUUGCAGUUUCAGUGUAACUCUGGUCAGUUUUCCUUGGAGUGUCAGUUCAGGGUAAAUUAAAAGCUUGAAAAUAUGGUUCAUAAAUAUAAGCUAGGUAAAUUUUGUUUACAUUUUUGAUAACUUGGAUUCCAUAUACCUUUGGGAUAUUUAAAUAUAUUUUGGAUAAAAAUUGAAGCUCAUUUAGAAUGAAGGCAAACGUAUGCUGAGGAGAUGCCAAGGAAAUCCAAGUUUAUUUAGUUGACAGAGACCCUUCAUGGUGGCUGGACUGUGGAUACUGAUGUGGUUUACAUCUGUUUGCAGGGUCUAUCUGAGGAUCUCUAAAUUAAUAACCGAUAUCACUGGGUCAUAAGCACACGUGAGAGCUCCAGGGUCCUUUCCAGGGGCAGAAAGGAGUGGGAAAUGCUGAGGUUCAGAGUUCCCUGGCAGAACUGGGGAGCUGUGUGUGACAGCUGAGUGCCUGUCACAGUAGCACUGCUGGAGAUGCUGUGACCCUGCGUUCCUCCUAGAGAGGCCCCCUUCCAGCAUCUUGAUCAGACCUAGGGCCUCGUUGUUUUUCGCACAGGAGGUGAGUGUCAGCUUUGAGUAACUGAUCCGUGCUGCCAAGUUAAGGUGUGCUUCUGAAUAAGAGCCCCCAGCAUUUCCAGUGUGGCUGUCUCGUGGCACUCAAGAAGCCAUGUUGGGGUUCACCCCUUUGCCUUGUUCUUGGAAUAGCCCACCCACAACUGUGUGGGUUGACCCAUCAGUGAUCCCCGAAGUUCCCGAGCAGUGGGGAAGGCAAGAGUGUAGGGUUAGAGAGUUCUUUUGUUUGGCUGUCACUGGUACUACAUGCAGGUGAGCCACCAGGUGUCAUUUUAGGAGAGUGUUUCUGUGAGUAUUGCCAUCGUGGUUUUGUUUCUCCCAGAGGAGAUUUUUCUACCUUUAAUUGAGCCUAAUCAUGUCUGGGUAUGAAUGUCAUAUUGGCAACGUCCUUGGGCGUGAACUUCCGACUUGUGUGUCUGUUGAUCUUACUCCUGUGUAAUUGUGUAUACGCUGUGCAGGCGGAUGCUCACUCUUCCUGGGAGAGGAUUUGAAGUGGCCAAAGAGGAAGCCAGAGAGGGAGGAGGGAAUUCUUUUCAUUCAAAGCACACACUUAAAAAGAUCUUUAACUAAGUUAAAAAAAAAUCAGCCUAAAAAGUGUAUUGUCUUCCUCUUAAGCCUGUGUGGUAUUGUGUUGCCCUGUGUCUGGAGAUGCCUCACACUGGAGGGUCUCAGCCUGUGUGUCAGUCCACAAGCGGUAACAAAGCGGUCCCCGAGGAUGAGCCCUUGAUAGAGACACUUCAUACCCCUUAGAUGCUAGUGAGGGUGUUGUCUCCACUUGGUUGACACGGCUCACGAGUUAGCAUCUCAACAGGGUUCCAGACUGUCAUAAAUGGGAGGAAAAGGCACCCUCGAGGGAGACAGAAAAUGGAGAAACCUUUAACUGGAAUCCAGCCAAGAAGCCUCACCUCCCUGGAAGAAGAGGCGGAUGACAGUAACAAAGUUCCAGGGAAACCCCAGGCUGUGGGGUAACUUGGUUCUGGCCUAGAUGUGGUUAGCCCCCUCCCCCGUGGGAUCUUUGAUGCCAGGAAAGUGGCUCCAAGGCAGGAGUACUCCUCUGCACCCCGCACAGGUUGUCCUUGUGACGACUUUAGAUGAGUAAGGUUAUUUGCUGCUGUGCAGCUGGCCCAUAUGAAACGGUGUUGAACCUGCUUCAGGGGCCUCCCUGUACAGAUGCCCAAAGACUGCAGGCUUCUUUUUGCAAGUGCUGAUACCCGGGUGGGAGUGGCCCCCGCACCCAGGACAGAAAGCCUAUGAUCUGGGUUACUUUUCCCUCAGUGAGCCCUGUCUUGACAGGGACUGCACCCGACUUUCCUUUUCCUGGGUGGAGAUAGUUUCCUCUCAGUCCUGGAUGCCUCACUGACCGACCCCAUGGCUGUGGUUCUUGCUGUCCGUGAACCCUGCUGAUGUGCAUUGUGGGCGUUUCCCUUGGUCCUUCCCUUGAUCCUUCCUAGCUGCUGCCCCUGUUUCCCUCUCCCCUGCCUGUUUCCACUCUGCAUCCUACAGUCCUGCCUCCAGAACCGUGGAGAGUCAGGAAUCGUGAUGGAGAGGAAGCUGAAUUUGAAGUCUCACCCCGUGGCCCGCCUUGGCUCAGCGCUCAGGAGAAGCAGCACUUUGGUAGUCAUCCCCUCUGGGGGGUGGGACAGUAGCCAGCAGGCCUGAGAAGAUGACUGUUCGGAGAAUAGGAAACGGCAUGAGGGCCAAACUUGCAUUCACACCUGUACCGUGUGAAUUGCCUGCUCCCUGUAACACCAACACAACCACCCUUGAAUUUCUUAUACAUGCUUGACAAUGGAUGACUUAUAAAAGAGGCCGGGCAUGGUCAGGAGUGCACACACGAGAGAGACCAGGCAUGGUCAGGAGUGCACACACGAGAGAGGCCGGGUAUGUCCAGGAGUACACACACGAGAGAGGCUGGGUGUGGGGCCAUUCCACCUGUGUGCUGUGGGGUGCAAGAAUGAUGAAGGGAGAGAACAGGGUGUGCCCUUGAGAGAGGAAGCCAGGCAAGAGCCACACAUGUCAGCCAACCGAGUGGCCUAGAGAUCAGCUUUGCUCCUCCACCCAGUCCUGCGUCACAGUGGUGUCCCGGCCCACCGUCCCUCAGCUUCUUCACCCGCAAGAGGGCAGGGACACCACUCUGCAAUCCCUGGGUGCUCCUGUGAGAACUGCCAGUGAUCACCGAGGGGACUUGGGUGUAGAGGAAGAGAGGUGGCCAGCUCACUGGGUGUGUGCAGCAGGCAGCAGACCUCACCUGCAUUCAAACAUUUAUAAGGUGACAGUGUUGUACUGCUGCAGGAUAGAGGCCGCAGGCCUUCAUUCCAGAAAGGAAGUGGUUCCUCUCUUCCCCUGGACCUGCCUCUUGGUUUUUGUUCAUAGACAGUCAUCAGCACCCGCUCUAGGAUCCAAGGAAUCUAGUCUGUAGGUUGGAUCAGACUUCAGAGUCUGUUUCCAGUCCUAACAAGGACAGCCCCAGCCCCUCACCCCCCACCCAUAAGCAGCACUGACACUCCUGUGUGGCUGGGGACACUCUUGUGUCCAGCAUCAGCAUGACAGCUGCGGAAGGGGGCUUGCUAUUCACAUCUGGUAACGGUGGGCUAGGAAAUGCCUGCCCAUAGGAGUGACGGGCAGGUCUGUGGCCCACAAUCGCCUUAAAUUAAGCCCAUUCUUUUCUUUCCUUUCCACCCAUGUUUGCUGUAUUAUGUGUGACCUUUAACCCUUGUGUUGAUAUGAUCCUUAGAUUGCUUUAGAAAUGCUAUCUAAUGAAUUGUUUGUAUGACUCAGCCCCUAGGAUUUGGUUGGGCUUAGUGGGUUUUUCUAAGAACAUAAAAAAAAAAAAAAUCUAGGCUAAGUUAGGCAAAACCAUUCAUUCCACACGCUCAUCCCCAGGGUUUGCUGCCCAGAUUAUAAUCUACUUUUCAAUUGAUAACAAAGAUCUAUUUUGAGUACACGAUGGGGCAUUUUAACUUUCACAUACUGAAACUCGAGACAAUGUACAGCUGUUUAUAUACCAUGUAUAUUAAAAUGACGUGAGAUGGAUUCAGAAGUGGGUAGAGAAUAAAUCUAACGUGUUUACCAA